AUGGCUGUGCUUGUCAUGUCGCCUACAUGGGCCACAGCGCUCACCCUUGCGAGAAAGGUUCGUCUGAUCUUGGCCACACGUAAGGUUAUGGGACUUCAACCACAAGAUGAUCAAAGAGCUGGGGACGCGAACACCUCCAGUGAACUUUACUCUGUAUUUAGCCCUUUACCUCGUAAAGACUUGUUAUUGGACCUUCGAACUGUGCGACCAAAGGCAAAUUUAGGCGAAGUAGUAGACUUGAUCGCCUGACUUUUAACGUAAAUGUACUGUAUAGUACUGGAGUUCAACCUGCAUUACAGAUAUUUGGGUCAAAUACGAGUAUCAAAAGUUGGCCAUACCUGGUAUCGUUAUCAUGUAA